AUGGCCGUUCUCCUGCUCGGUGUCGGUUUGGGCUGGGCCUUGGCCCAGGAAAAGCGCUGUAUCUCUUCACAAUUCAGAAAACCCGGAGACUACCUCCUGGGAGGAUUGUUCCCUUUACGAGUCCUCACCACCAGCCCAGCGUACCGGACCUUGCCGGACGUUUACGUGUGCGAGAGGGUGUACACCGCAGGUCUCAUCUGGGCUCUGGGGAUGAAGUUUGCAGUGGAAGAAAUCAACAACUCCACCGAGCUGCUGCCGGGGAUCGAACUCGGCUACGACAUUUACGACAACUGCUUGGAGCCGAUCGUGACCCUCCAGCCCAGCCUGCUGUUCCUGACCCAGACGGGCACCAGCAGCAUCGGAAUCCUUUGCAACUAUACCGACUACCGGACCCGCGUGCUGGCUGUCAUCGGGCCCCACAGCUCGGAGCUCUGCACCAUCACCGCCAAGCUCUUUGGCUUCUUUCGGAUCCCACAGGUCAGCUACGGCGCCACGGCAGAGAAGCUGAACAACCCGGAACAGUACCCCUCUUUCUUCCGGACCGUGCCCAGCGACAAGAUCCAGCUGGAAGCCAUGGUGAAACUCCUGACCUUCUUCAAGUGGAACUGGAUCGCGGUCGUAGGCAGCGACGACGAAUACGGCCGAGAAGGCCUCAGCCUACUCUCCUCCAUGGCGGCCAGCGCAGGCAUCUGCAUCGCCUACGAGGGGCUGAUCCCGGCGGACGUGUCGAUCCCCAACCUCGAGGAGACUCUGGAACUGGCCAUCCAGUCCAUCAACAAGACCAACGUCAAUGUCGUGAUCCUCUUCUCCAACGACCGACCCGUCCGGGCCUUCCUCAAAGAGUGCCUCCGGCUCGGGCUGGGCAAGAAGGUGUGGCUCGCCACGGAAGCAUGGGUGAUGUCCGACGUGGUCACCUCGCUCAGACAAGCGGACUCGAUUGGGACAGUCAUCGGUUUCAUCAUCAAAGGAGGGAAUGUCUCCAGAUUUCAGGAGUAUGUCGGGAGACUCUUGCACCUGACCCAGCAGGAGAGCUUCUGCGAGGCUUCCCAGAAGGAAGCCGAUAAGGUGGGCUCCGACGUUCUGGGGCCGCAGUGCCCGCAAUGUGACCACCUUCUCCCGGACAACAUCAGCAGUGUUCUGGAGCAUCGGCAGACUUUUGCGGUGUAUGGGUCUGUCUACAGUGUGGCCCAAGCGCUCCACAACGUGCUCGGUUGCGAAACCGGGCAGUGUAAGAAGAGCAGCGUCAAGCCUUGGCAGCUGCUAGAAGCAAUGGAGGGACUCAACUUCAGCACCCGAAACCAGUCGUUCCAUUUUGACCAAUCCCGCAGCAUCAACAAGGGCUACGAGGUCAUCGGGUGGAGCUGGCAGGACGGCCGGAUCCGGUACGUCACCGUGGGAGAGUUCGACGCGAACCUGAAGAUCGACAAAUCCCGGCUCCACUUCCAUACCGAGAAUCAAAAGGAGCCCACGUCCCAGUGCCUCACCACGUGCCAACCUGGGCAGAUCCGCCGGAUGAAAGGCUUCCACCUGUGCUGUUACGACUGCAUUGACUGCGAAGAGGGGACAUUCUGCAGCAGUUCAGACGACUCCGCCUGCACCGCCUGCCCCGAGCACCAGUGGUCCCCCAGGCGCAGCACGCAGUGUUACGACCGCAGCGAGAAGUACUUCUUCUGGCUCGAGCCCCUGGCCCUGGUCUUGCUGGGCCUGUUACUUUCCGCCUUGGCUCUCACCUGCCUGGCGGGGGCGCUGUUCCUGAAGAACAUCCACACCCCUGUGGUGCAGGCCGCCGGGGGUGGCAUGUGCCUCUUGGCUCUCGGCUGCCUGGCCGUGAUGUGCCUCAGCACCAGCUUGUAUGUCGGGAGACCCAGCUCCACCGUCUGCAAGCUCAACGACCCCUUCUUCACUCUCUGCCUCAACGUCUGCUUCUCCACCAUCUUGGCGAAAGCGCUCCAGAUCGUCCUGGCGCACGACUUCGCCGACAGCCGGCGUACCUUCGUGCACACCCUCAUUCGACAGCGGCCUUGGUCUAUCGUGGCCUCCUGCUUCCUGGUGGAGAGCGCGCUCUGCUUCUGGUACGUCUACGCCGUCCCGCCGGUGGUGGUCAACAACUACACCCUCUUGCCGACCCAAGUUCUGGUCCAGUGCAAGGUCCAGUCCUGGCCCGUCUUUGCCCUGAUGCACGGGCACAACGGCGCCCUGGCGUUCACCUCUUUCCUCUGCACGUUCAUGGUGCAGACGCCGGCCAAGAAGUACAACGUCGCGCUGGGCAUCACCUUCGCCAUGAUCGCCUACUUCGCCGCCAUGAUCUUCUUCGUCCCCACCUACACCUCCGUGAGGCAAGAGUACCAGCCGGCCGUAAUGAUGGCCGCCAUUUUGCUGUGCACCUUGGGGCAGCUGGCCUGCUUCUACCUGCCCAAGUGCUACAUCAUCUGGUUUAAGCCGGACUGGAACACGACGGACUAUUUCCAAGACUACACCCGGGAGAGGGUGGAGGAGAAAGAUUCUCAGGAUUAG